AUGCCCGUAAACAGUAUACACCCACUAGUCCCAAAGCGGUUAGUGUGAAUGAUGUCGCGGUCAGAUGCGAUUCUUCGACUGGAAUUAUUCUAUCCCGCAAUGCUCCGUGAAGACUGACCGUCUCGAUCUCUUUUCUUUUCCUUCGCCCCCGUUAAAUCCUGAGCAGUCUGUCUGAGAGAAGGUUAAUCCCAGUAUGACCGCACCUCCUCCCUCUGAUUGCUUGCCCGGCACGGAGAAGGGCGCCACUGACAGUGCGUCGGCCCCUGGAUCUCUGCCUGAGCGCACAGGAAAUGAGCCAGAAUCUAUCACACCAAAUGAAGCAAGAACAGAAGAUACAGCAGACACAGAAAAGAGCACAGGAAAAGAGGAGACAUUGAAGGAACAGGCGGAGGAGGAGAAGGGAAGUGAAGAAGCCUCUGCGCCACCAUUGCCAGACGAAGAGCUCCCACCACCCCUCCCCAACGAGGCCCCUCCGGGUGAGGAUGAUGGAUGGGAACCCGUCUGGGAUGCUACCGCACAGGCAUAUUACUUCUACAACCGCCUCACGGGUGUCUCACAGUGGGAAAACCCCCGGGUCCCCGAGCCCCAUUCCGAAGCGCCCGGCGUAGAAUCACAACAAGAGCAGCAGCCCCGGAGCAAAUCCCCCGUGGUGGGCGGCUACAACCCCGCGAUCCAUGGCGAUUAUGACCCGACAGCACCCUACGCACAGCAGUAUGAACAAAAGCAUGAGCAGCAGCACUACCCAGGCGGCCCUGUGGGUGCGCCGGGGAUGGACUCGAUUGGUUCGUACGAAGCCACGGGGGCAUUCAACCGGUUCACGGGCAAGUGGCAGGCGGCGACGCUGACCCCCGAGAAUUACAACGAUGAGAACAAGUCGCGACGGCAGAUGAACGCGUUCUUUGACGUUGACGCUGCGGCCAAUAGUCACGAUGGGAGAAGUCUGCGGGCGGAGCGGAGCGCUAAGAAGCUCACCAGGAAAGAGCUCAAGGAGUUCAAGGAGAAGCGGAAAGAGAGGAAGGAAGAGAAGCGAAGAGCAUGGCUGCGAGAUUAAUGGGUCUUCAGACUUGGGUUUGAAGGUGGGGUUCUUGUCUGGUUUAUAUAUUCGUUCACUGGGACUCGAGAUACCUUGAGGAUAAGGGUUUGGGGCGUUUUAUCCGUGUAUUUUAUGGGAUUGUUGCAUACAAUAGAAGAAGCGCUACUUAGCAAUGUA